CAUGACCGACAGGCAAUCUCCGGAUGUAAAUGGUGUGCUACAUCAGUCCAUCCAUGGUCUAUCCCAGCAAAGCUACAUUCUAUCAGAAAAUUCUACCCUAAAAUUAGCUACAAACGUUGUCAUUACAUUCAGCUAGUGAUAAUUGCUCAACGUUUUCUACUCAUCCCUGAAAACCAUCCCACACCGUGAAGAUGUGUUCUCAAACGAAGGCUGCGGCGCUCAUGGCCAAUAUUCCCCAAGCAGAAAUCGAUCCGACGGGUGUUUUCAAAUACGUCCUGAUCCGAGUCCACAGUAAAGAAGAAGGAGACGAUUCUGAGAUGGACAUCGUGAGGGGAUACUCUUGGGCCGAGUACCACGCCGACAUCUAUGACAAGGUGUCUGAAAAGCUGGAAAAGGGAGGCCUGCUGGACUGUGAGUGUGUCGGCGGAGGAAGGAUCAAACACGAACCUGCUGCAAAGAAGAUCCACAUUUACGGCUACUCCAUGGGUUUUGGCCGAGCAAACCACUCCGUUUCCAUGGAGAAGCUGAAGGUGCGGUAUCCGCUGUACGAGGUGACCUGGGACAACGAGGGUUACUGACGACCUCUGACCUCACCUCAGGGAGGUGACCUCUGCUUAACGCCAUCGUAGAAGUCUGCCCUCCGUCCGCCUCGGGGGAAACUAAAACCGCUCAGAGUAAUACACGACUGGAGGAAGAGUUUUGAUAUCUCUCCAUGAUAUCUUUAUCUGAGAUUCCUAAGGGCAUUCUCGCAAAGCACCACCGGCCUGGUGUCUGUUCAUUUAAAUGUAUGAAAUACGUUUACAUUUCAGUCAUGACGAGUGUAAAAUAACCAUUUUGAGUUGAACAUCAUUCAUUUUAAUGCUAUGAUUGUAUUAUUUCAGGAACAUGGUUGUUGGUAAGACUAUUCUCUAAAAUAUACCUCUAAAAGAAGCACUAAUGCAGACUUUAUUGUGUUGUAAAAUGGGAUAAUAAAAAUACUUUUUUGAA